GGUGUGGGAGUCAGCCUCCCCUCUUUUGGAGAUCUGAGCAGUGGCGAUCCGCCCUCGGGCCAGCUUGGAAUUAAGCAGAUGUGUGCCCCCGACAGGGGACACUUGUUUUCACCAGCAUCAGGAACCAUGGCAGCAAAAACCGACUCUACUGGACUUUCACCAAGAUGGUUAGCAAGGCUGGGGUGUCAUCCCAGGGACGUAGGCAAGGUUUUCCUUGGUGGUGGGUAAUUCUCAGGGCCCCCGGCAGACACAGAGAGAGUAAGUGUGGGCUCCAGCCAGUGUGUGGCACUGGGGACUCUGCUUUGGCUUCAAGAGAAUCCCCAUGAAGGACAUUGCUGCUUUGUUGACGACAGUGGCUUAGGGUCAUGGCCAUGCCCACUGUGCUGUCACUGACCCAACUCCUGAGACUUUGGAAGUGUUUCCAAGGUCUUUUAGCGCUAAAUGCCAGGAGGAUGCAUUGCCUUCUUCACCCUCCUGUUUCUCAUCUCCCAAUAGAGAACAGGAACUAUUUAACUGACAGUAUUUCUGUUUUAGCUUUGGCCACCUGGGAGCUCAAAACCAAAUUCUUGGCUCAGGCGUGACAACUGUGCCAAACCUCAAAGCAGUGACAGUGAGAGCUAGUAUUUGUGGGAUGUGUCCUUUGUUCCAGAGGCCCUUGUCUGCCCUUUAUAUGUAUCACCGCACUGAUUCUUCAUGACAGCCUUGUGGGGAAGGUACCAUUGUUUGAGGAUAGGGAGCUGAAUCUCUUUGAGGUUAAACCACUUGCCCAAGUUUACUUAACUCGUAGGUAGUAGAACCAUUGUUUAAACUGGUUAGUCUGAACCUGGAGCCCAUGCUCUUCAGCAGAAACUUCCACUGCCUCUGCUGGGGACCUUGAUUGCCUGAAUAUCGGGCAAGUGAAGCUGAGUUGGCCGCUCCAGAAUGAACCACAGCUCCAAGAUGGGGAAGUAGAAACCCAGCUAGCUCUCUGCCAUGGCCUGCGAACCUCAGAUGGGCCCCAGCGGGGCAGCUGGCCCGUUGCCCACCUCCUCCCCUGGCUGGAAUGCCUUGCCUGGAGGGCGUCCCCCAGGCUGGGGGCAAGAGCUCCGCAAUGGCCAGGUCCUCACGGUUCUGCGGAUCGACAACACCUGUGCGCCCAUCGCCUUCGAUCUGGGCGCCGCAGAAGAGCAACUGCAGACCUGGGGCAUUCAGGUCCCCGCCGACCAGUACAGGAGCUUGGCCGAAAGCGCCCUCUUGGAGCCCCAAGUGAGGCGAUACAUCAUCUACAACUCCAGGCCCAUGCGGUUGGCCUUUGCUGUGGUGUUCUAUGUGGUCGUGUGGGCUAACAUCUACUCCACCAGCCAGAUGUUUGCCCUGGGGAACCACUGGGUAGGUGUGCUGCUCGUGACCCUGGCUGCCAUGAGCCUGACUCUGACCCUUGUGCUCAUCUUCGAGAGACACCAGAGGAAGGCCAACACCAACACGGACCUUAGGCUGGCGGCUGCCAACGGGGCCCUCCUGAGGCACCGGGUGCUGCUGGGGGUGACGGACACAGUGGAAGGCUGCCAGAGUGUGAUUCAGCUCUGGUUCGUCUACUUCGACCUGGAGAACUGUGUGCAGUUUUUGUCUGACCACAUUCAAGAGAUGAAGACUAGCCAAGAGUCCUUGCUGAGAAGCAGAUUGAGCCAGCUGUGUGUUGUCAUGGAAACCGGAGUGAGCCCCGAGACAGCAGAGGGGCCUGAGGACCUGUUGGAGGAAGCCCCACUCCUGCCCGGCAGUCCUCAUUCGGAGGAGAGGCCACUCCUGCAGACUGAGCUUCGCCAGCUCGUGCCUGAGGCUGAGCCAGAGGAAAUGGCCCAGCAGCUGUUGGCGGUAUUUGGCGGCUACUAUAUCCGGCUCCUGGUGACCUCGCAGCUUCCCCAGGCAGUGGGGACACGACACAUAGACUCGCCAAGGAUUCCGUGCCCCUGCCAGCUCAUAGAAGCCCACAUCCUGGGUACUGGGUGCUGCCCAUUCCUGGCCAGGUGACCUAGGGAGGAAGGUACUCCGCUUCCUGCGAGACUGAAGGUCCUCAGGAAGGCUCAGGAGCGCCAGGCGGCUGACGGUGAGCCCCAGGGGAGGAGAGAAGCAUCUGGGAGCACUCGGAAGACUGUCAGUCAUGUCAGAGCAUGGGUAUCGUGCUUGCUUCAGGACUCUGCACAGGAAUACCUAUCCACAUCCCAUGCUGACCCCUGGCCCUUUCAGAAGCUGAUGGUUGCCAAGCUGGUCCCACUCCAAACCAGUCUCUAUGCUGCUUAGAACCAUGGGCAUGGAUGGAAGUCCUCUCCCAUGCCCUUCAUUGUCUGGAGAGCCCAGAAAAUGUGAAGAUGCCCCUACUGGGCCAACCAUGUGUCCAGAGCUCAGUCUCAGGUGAUGGUCUUGUCCUCAGCUCCUUCACGUCAGACAGGAAAACUGAACCUCAGAGAGGACUCUGCUCUUUGUAGCAUUGUCUCGGGCCUCCAGAAUUCCUAAUCGGAAGGAAAGAAGUCAAUUCUCAGAACGUUCUCCAUUUGUAAGUUUCUCAUGCCCUUUGUUUUAUGACAAACAAUGGCCCUGUGUUGUCUGCUAGCACACAGACUUCUAGGAGGCAGAAGAGAGAAACCAGCGGCACGUAACUGAUAAUGGGACUGUUUGGGAAAGAUUGAUUCUGUCUGAUUUGAGGAUGUAUUUCGUUUAAAGGCAUGCCUGCCUGUGGUUGUGGUUUUAUACUCCAGACCGAGAGCAGCAGUCCUGUUUUCUGACGCUAAUCUGUCACUCAUGACGUUCCAUGAAGAGGUCAGGGGUUUUCAGGUUCUCUGCUCCUGAGCAAGUUUGAAGACCAAUUAUUCCAUAGGCCCAAAUCCAAAAGACCUGGCCUGGCAUUUAAGGGCUCCCCAGCCUGCAGGACCCAGCCCUCAUCUGUGAUUUUGGCUUCAUCUCCCACAAAACUUCUUCCUAAGUUGAAACUCUUUCCUGGACUAAUGUACCUACUCGGUCUCAUCCUUUGAACUCCUAUGCAUGCUUCAAAGCCCAGCUUUACUUACCUUUCCUUCAGGAAGCCUUUCAACAUAGAACAUGCCCUGCUUCUCUGCCUCCUUUAAAUUCUUAAUGUAGCUGCUGCCUUUAUUGAUGUUUUACGUUACCAAUUCUGUUUUCCUGUGCACAUGCGCAUUUUUCUAGCUAGACUCAAUUUCUGAAGGACAAAAUUCUCACCUUAAAAUUUUUGUGCAUGGCCUAGACCUGCUAAGGGGAAAACAGACCAACCCAGUGGAUUGAGGGCUUUGUCAUCUCUAGAGUAGCCUUUGCAGAUUGCUCUCUAUGCUCAGUUGAAUGAGGUUGGCACAGACCUGGGUUCUGGUCCUGCGGCUGACAUUUCUAGCUGUGUGACUUUUGGCCAGUCCUCAGUUUACUCAUCUUUCUAUAAAUGAAUACAUAAUGGGUAGUUGGAUGAUUCUUAGCUUCCCUUCCAAAGCUGAAGUUCUGGCUUUUUCUGUCCCAGUCUAGCCCUUGGCCUAUCUGUUAUGCCUUUAUCCACAUGUAGAAGGGUCCUCCAGCCUUACGUGACUGAGGUGUCCCAGACCUGUCAGACCUGCGGACGGAACACUGGCCUAGUUAGCAGGAGACCUGGAUUCUCGUCCCAGAUAUGCUGCUUCCUUAGAAGCAUGACCUUGGCCAGGUCACGUAACCUCUCUUGAGUGUCUGUUUACUUCUUUCUAAAUGGAUCUGGUGAACACGAAACGUAAUCCUGUGGGUGACUUACUGUGUAAGAGGCCAGUCUGACUGUUUGCUUUCUCUGGGCCCAGAGAAGACAAAUCGUGUGCAUAGACCCACCCCGGGUAAUGGCUACCUUAGGCAUUUCUCUUUAGCCAGCUCUCAGGGCCGCUAUGCUCCAUCAGAGUAAUUCAUGAAGGCAGUCGCUGUCUCGCUCCCCUGCCACAGAAGGAAUGUGGGCUGUGAAUGGGCUCCGUAGAAGCCCGUAUUUAUCAUCCAACCGGAAACCCUGGUAAGUAUAGUAACAGAAUAAACAUGUCUGUGUUAAAUGACGAAAGGCUAACGUCCAGACGCUCCUUGAGGUGUUCUUCCCUGCCUUUUCCCGAGUUGCUGGUGGUCUCACCUAGUGGGCAGAGCAUUCACGUGUGCCCCCCCCCCCAGGCGCUUUCUUUGCCUUCGCCACUGGCUCUCCUCCUUUAGAAAAUUCUGUGAUCUCUGUCUUGCCUACUUCACAGGGUCGUGUGAAGCUCAGAACCCAUACCUGGACACGCACCCUGCUUUAAGGCUCUGUGUUGAGGACGGGCACGGAGACAGUGCAGAUGGUGGGUGCGGAUGGAGGGGCUCAGAGCCUGGAUUCUGGAGUUCCUCAGAUCCAGGUUCCGCUCCUCGGAGCAGCGUCCCUUGCCACCCUGGGGUGUCACUCCUCGUGCAUGGAAUGAGGAUUUAGCAUACGCAACCGGCAGGUAUUGUGAAAAUGAGAUAAUACAAAGAAUGGAAAGCGCUUGCAACUUCGAGCUACAAGCUUGAGUCAGAGCACAAUAAAUUGUUGCUGGGUUUUUUGUUUUGUUUUGUUUUUUGGAUCUCUCACUAUGGCUUCUACACCGUAGGAGCCCAGUGUACGUGUUUGCUGAUGUAGUACGUCAUUAACGGUUCACGUCGAUUCAGUCUGCCUCAGACGGCAUUACUCCAGCACUACGGGAUGUGUUUAUGGGAAUAAAGAUUCUAGUCAAACCUCUCUGAAAUUCAGUCCCUGGAGACAGUGUGGCAGGGAGGUUAAGAGCAAGCUGGUCACUUUGGGCCAGAUGCUUACCCUCUCUUUUCCUCCUGUACCUCCAUUUCCUCACCCAUAAGGGGGUGUGUGAUGAUAAGGGGGGUUAGCUGAGGCGUUGCAUGGGAAGUACAAGGUCUGGUCUGUCGUAGGGUCCAAAGCCAGGGCUCCAUCGACCACAGCAUUUCUCAGCUGCUCCGUGCUGUUUGCUAGCUGGGUCCAUUUGUGCAAGCUUUGACCUGUGUUGUUCACAUCUGUAUCCUUACUGAUUGGGGUUGGUUUGUCUGUCAGUGACCGAGAGUGGCAAACCUCCAACUAUGAUUAUGCAUCUUCUGUUUUUCCUUUUACUUCUGACACAUUUUUGCAUUGCAUAGUUUUGAUAUAAUUCACAUAGCAGAAAACAUACCACUUUAAAGUAUACAGUUCAGUGGUUUUCAGUGUAUUCAUAGGAUUGCAUGACCUUUACCGCUGUUUAAUUGUAGACCACUUUCAUAACCUUUCCCCCUCCCCCGCAAAAAAACCCAUCCCCAUUAGCAGUCACUCUCGAUCCCCCCCUCUCCUCAGCCCUGACAACCACUGACCUGCUUUCUGUCUCUGGAUUUUCCCCUUCUGGACAUUUUAUGUAAACGGAAUCCUACAGUAUGUGGCCUUUUGUGUCUGGCUUUUCUAACAUUAGCACAGUAUUUUCAAGAUUCAUCCAUGUUGGAGCACAUAUCAUGAUUUUAUUUUUUAGUAUUAAUGAUCAAUUCCUUAUUAUUCCGGAAUAAUAUUCCAUGACAUGGAUGUAUCCCGUUCUGUUUAUAUUUCUUCAGCUGGGUUGUUUCUACUUUUUGGUUUUGUGAAUGAUGCUGCUAUGAACAAUUACAUACACGUCUUUGUGUGAACGUAUCUCUUAGUUCACUUCCGAUGAGUUUUGCUCUAUUAUGACAGGCACACGAAUACAGAAUUGUUAAAACUUCCAGAUGGGUUGAAACCCUUUCAUCUUUAUGGAAUGUCUCUUCUUAUCUCUAUUAGAUUAUUGCCAUAAAAUCUACUUUGAUACAUUAGCUUUCUUUGGAUUAGUGAUUACCCAGUAUAUCUUUGUUCAGAUUUUUACUUUCAACUUACCUGCAUCUCUGUAUUGAAGGUGCCCCUGUUAUGGGCAUGUGUGAUUAAAAAAAAAUCUGGGGGCUCCUGGGUGGCUCAGUGGGUUUGGCAUCCGACUUCGGCUUAGGUCAGAGCCUGGAACCUGCUUCAGAUUCUGUGUCUCCCUCUCUCUGCCCCUCCCCUGCUUGCAUGCACGCUCUCUCUCUCUCAAAACUAAAUAAACAUUAAAAAAUUAAAAAAAAAAAAAUCUGUUCUCUGCUUUUAAACUGGAGCAUUUCCUAUGCUAUGUCUAAUGCAUUUGCUGAUGUGUUAGAUAGAUCUGGGCUUACUGGUACCAUCUUAUGGUUUAUUUUCCAUUGGUUCUUUUUUUUUCUGUUUUUCUUUUCUCUUUUUUUUUGUCUCCUUUUGCAUUGAGAUUUUUUUUUCUUUCAUAAUCUCUCCUCUAGUAGUCUAGGACAUAUGUAUUCUGUGCUUUGAGUGGUCACUGCAGUUAGGCAUGUGUCCUUGACUUAUUCGAGUCCAAGAGAGUACUUUUGCCACUUUCUGGACAAUCCAAAGACCUUAGAACCCUUUCGCCGUUCUGCCUCUUGUGCAUUGUUAUCAUGGGUUUCAAUUCUCUCUGUAUUUUAUUUUAUUUUAAAGUUUUAUUUAAGUAAUCUCUACACCCCAUGUGGGGCUCGAACCCAUGACCCUGAGACCAAGAGUCACACAACACACUCCUCCGACUGAACCGGCCCUUCUCUCUAUUUUAAACCACAACAGGCAUUAUUUUUUUAAUUUGUUUUAAUGCUUAUUUAUUAAUUUUUUUUUUUUUCUGAGAGAGACAGAGUAUGAGCAGGGGAGGGGCAGAGAGAGAGGGAGACACAGAAUCUGAAGCACGCUCCAGGCUCUGAGCUGUGAACACAGAGCCUAUUGCAGGGCUCGAAUGCACAAAGCAUGAGAUCAUGACCUGAGCCAAAGUUGGAUGCGUAACCAACUGAGCCACCCAGGCACCCUACAACAGGCAUUAUUAUCAGUGCUUUAUGCAGCCAGUAUUCAUUUAGAUCUAUCUACACUUCGAUCUAUCUACACGUAUACUUUGUAUUAUUCUUUAUUUGUUACCUCUUUAUUACUUUUUGUGUCUGCCUGCAUCUCUGCACAUUCACCUGUGAAUAUUCCCCUUUUCCUGGAACUAACCUUUGGCAUUUCCUUUAGUAUAGCAUAGUACCGAGCGCAUUUGGAAGUACCAUUAGCAUUUUCCUUCCAAGACCAAUCCUCUGGUGACGGAUGGAGCUUUUGUUGGCCGGAAAGCCUCUGUGUUGUUUUGAAUUCUGAAAGGUAUUUUUGGUCUGUCAAGAAUCCUAGGGCACUACAGUUAAUUUUCUUUAAAACUUUGGAAGACAUCCUUGGCUUUCAUUGUUUUCUGUUUGCAGAGUCAGCUCUCAGUCCCUUGGCUGUGAUGGCUAUGUCUCUGCUGUGGGCUUGCGGUGUGUGUGUUGAUGCCUCCUGGUGUCGCUUCCUUUAUGCUUCUCCUGCUGGGGGGCUCCCAGUGCCUCUUGAAUCUGUGACACGGCUUCCUUCAAUGUAGCCUCCGGCCUCCUCUCUCCCCUCUCCUUCUGAGGCUCUAACGACAGGCUUGCGAACACCUUUUCGCUGCAUUUUUGUGGCUCUCUGUGUUUCGUGUUCUUGAGGCUCUUCCUGAUUCAGUCUGAAGGUUCCCUACACAUUCUGCUUCAUGACUCUUGCCCUUAUUUGUGUCUAGUUGAUUGUUAAUCCUCUCCACAGAGUUCUUAAUUUCAGCCCCAGUCCUAAAAAUUUUUAAUUGACUUUUUAAAAUACAGGUUACAGUUUUCAGCUGAAACGAUCCAUUUUCCUGUCAUCACUUUUCUUCGGUGUUCUGAAGUGGAUGUUUGCUGACUCCAGUUUCUGGUUCUGUUCUGUUAGGUUGGUUUUCUUUUGCUUUUCGGUCAGUUGGUCUUCUGGUGUUCUUGGUAUUUUUGGAUUGAAUAUUAGACUUUUUUGACAAAUGAACAGCUGAAGAGAUGUACAAGACUCUGGAUAUUCCUUUAUUUUAAUAAAAUCUUUUAAUGUUUA